AUGAUCGCCGCAAUUUCAUGGAUUCCUAAAGGAGUCUUCAAAGCGGAACCUGUUUUCGCCGAACCCCCUUCCAAAGAGGAAAUCGAUGAACUCAUCUCAAACACGCGUGAUGUGGAUGAAGAGAAGGAUAUGGAAGAAGACGAUGAAGUUGCACAUGCUUUAACAGUAGCUGAUGCAAUUGGUAAACCAUCCAAGGAAAAUACUGGCGAUAUUACCCUCGCCUUGCAAGAGCUCAACAUGGAAACCUAUGAUGAUGAAGAUGAUAAAGGUUUUGAGUUGUUCAGUUCAGGGACGGGUGAUCUUUAUUAUCAGAGUAAUGAAUUAGAUCCAUAUAUCAAAGAUAAGAAUGAAGAGUAUGAUUCUGAAGAUGUUGAAGACAUGAUUAUUAAUCCAACUGAUUCUGUUGUUGUUUGCGCGCGUACGGAAGACGAUGUCAAUUACCUUGAAGUAAGUUAG